AUGAGUGAAAAGGAGAAGAGUGAAUUUUUGGAAAAUUACUAUUACAACAUUAGCAAUCCGGCGACAUUUACUACACCAGAAAAACUGUACCAAGUGUUGAAAUCAAACAAGAAUUUUAAAUUCAGUAAAUAUUAUAUUUCGAAAUGGCUCAGAAAGCAGGAUGCGUAUACUCUGCAGAAAGAAGUUCAUCGACCUAAGAAAGUACCAAAUAUUCGUGUCAGUGGCAUUAAUGUUCAGUGGAGUAUGGACCUCAUGGACGUUCAGAAUCUGUCAAAAGAGAAUGAUGGUAUAAAAUUUCUAUUAAUAUUAAUAGACACACUCUCGAAAUAUUUAAGAAUUGUAGCAUUGAAGCAAAAGUCAGCAAGAGAUGUAUCAAAUGCAAUAAAACUAAUAUUUGAAUCCGGUGUCAAAUGUCAAACACUAAGAAGCGAUCGUGGUGGAGAAUUUAAAAAUAAUUUACUACAGAAUUAUCUAAAAGGUGAAGGAGUUCGACUCAUUUUUGCCAAUCAAAAUUCAAAAGCAUCUAUUGCUGAGAGAGUUAUACGCACGAUACGGGGUAGAUUUUAUCGUUACUUUCAAAGAAACAGAACAUACAGAUAUGUAGAUGUUUUGACUGAUAUUGUACGAAAUUACAACUCUACUCCACACAGAAGUCUUAAUGGACUUGCACCGAAGGAGGUUACCAAGGAGAACGAAGCUGAUGUUUGGGCUAACUUAUAUCUAAAAAAUAUUAAAACCAGAGGAAAAGAAAAACAAGUCGAGCGUAAGAAAAAACAGAGAAGAAUUAAAUACCGAUAUAAAGUCAACGAUUUAGUAAGACUUUCACAUUUAAAACAUAUAUUUCGAAGAGGAUAUAACCAACAAUUUACAGGAGAGGUGUUUAAAAUUGCUAAACGAUUUCAUCUGCAGGGAAUACCUAUGUAUAAGGUGAAGGAUUUUAAUGAGGAAUUAAUUGAGGGUGACUUUUACGAAAACGAAUUACAAAUAGUAGAGAAAGACGAGGAAACUUUGUGGAUAGUGGAGAAAAUAAUUAAAAAGAGGACGAAGAAAGGAAAAACUGAGUUCUUAGUGAAGUUUGAAUCUUGGCCUGAAAAGUUUAACCAGUGGGUUAGAGAAUCAGAUGUUGUUAAUAUAAAGUGA